AGAGAAGAAGAAGAAGUUGUUGGUAGUUGCUCGGCAACUACAGACGCUUUCCCCGCUUCCGGAAAUGCGUGGCUGGGAGGAAAAAUGGCGUAUAGCCCACUGCAUAUUCCUCUUAUAUGUGUGGCAUCAACGCGUUUGUUUAGCCCUUUCUUUUUGUCUAUUUCCUUCGCUUUUGCAUUACAAACAAUAAAUUCUGAAGAUGUGUUCAGUGCGAGCCGCACGACUUCAGUGUCAAUCUCUGCAGCAAAGGAUCUUCGGUACCUUUUAUAUGAUGUAAACCCACCUGAAGGGUUUAAUUUGCGAAGAGAUGUAUACAUCCGCAUGGCCUCACUGGUCAAGACUUUGAGGGAAGAAGGGGAUGACUGGGUAUUGGUCCUCCCCCCUUGGGGUCGACUCUAUCACUGGCAAAGUCCUGAUAUCCACCAGAUUCGUAUCCCAUGGGGAGAGUUCUUCAGCCUGACCAGCCUGCAAGCCAACAUACCUGUUAUUGAGUAUGAGGAAUUUAUUGCUGAAAAUGGAGGCCCUUUCAUAGACCAGGUGCUUGUGCUACAAAACUAUGCUGAGGGAUGGACUGAUGGAAAAUGGGAGGAAAAAGUGGAUGAGCGUGCAUGCAUUGAGAAGCUACUGUACACCAAGGAUAAACAGGGCUACUACAGGGGCUGGUUUUGGGGCUACGAAGAAACAAGGGCUCGAAAUGUGACAUGUUUAUCAGCUCAAGGCCAUGCAUCCAUCAUGGCCCCAGUUCUUCAGAAAAACUUCACAGCAAUCUCAGUCAUGCUUGACAGAGCAGAGACUCUCCUACAUGAUCACUAUGCUGGAAAAGACUAUUGGAAUACCCGGCGCAGCAUGGUUUUUGCCAAGCACCUGCGACUCAUAGGGGAUGAUUUCAGAGCAAAAUAUCUGAACUCCACAGAUGACACAGACCGUACACUAUAUAAUGAAAACUGGACCCGCAUGAAAUCCAAGCCUGGCUCUGCUAUAGGAGGUCCAUAUAUUGGGGUUCAUCUUCGCAGAAAGGACUUCAUCUGGGGUCACAGAGAUGAUGUGCCCAGCCUGAAAGGGGCAGCCAAAAAGAUACGCAGUAUGAUGAAGAAAUAUAAGCUUCAGACAGUGUUUGUUGCAACUGAUGCAGAUGGAGAAGAACUGAGAGAGCUGAAGAGAUUGUUGCCAGACAUGGUGCGGUUUGAGCCAUCCAAAGAGGAUCUGGAGCUGCUCAGAGAUGGAGGAGUGGCUAUUAUUGACCAGUGGAUAUGUGCUCAUGCAAGGUUCUUCAUUGGGACAUCAGUUUCCACCUUCUCUUUUCGGAUUCAUGAAGAAAGAGAAAUCCUGGGGUUCAAUCCCAAAACCACGUACAACCGAUUCUGUGGAGACUCUGAGAAACAAUGUGAACAGCCCACACACUGGAAAAUUGUGUAUUAACUUUACCUCCACCUCUUCUGAAGCACAAGUGCCAAAAGCAGUAUUACAACUGACAGAUUUCUGAAAAAAGAUCUGUUUGGGAAUUUUCCAUGGUUUCAGUGUUAGAUGGCCACUGUGUUUGAACUUUAUGCUUAAAAGGCUCAGGCUCUGCUGCUCAACAGUGUAGACUUCAGAAAUUUAAUUUGUAUAUAUUUUUAUUUACAUCGAUGGUCUGUGAAUCAUUCAUGAAAGGGUAUUGUAUUUAAUGCAUUAUAUUUCUAACUCACAAGUGGAGUGAAUAAUGUUAAGUGGAGACUGACACUAGUGUAUGACUGUAUUUGAGUUAGAUUUGAUAUUAUCAAAAAUGUUUCUUACUGUUUAAAAAUUCUGAAGAAUUUUAAGAAUUAUGUACAAAAAAAUCAAAAGCACAUCAAGAGGAAGGAACCUAAGCUUGCUAAGUGUGAAGAUCCACCAUUCAAUAAAGAUUUGUUUACAGAAAGUGUAUAUGCAUAACUGAAAUAUUUUUUUUAUUUUUUUUUUAUUCUUAAAAAAGCAAUGUAAAUCAAAGGAUUAAAGAUUAGGUAUGCUUUUUUUCUAGGCAGAUAGUUAAACUUUAUAGCACUAUCAAUUAGACAUGUUACCUUCAGUUGUAAUUUUUUUUAAAUGAAAAAAAUC